AUGUUCGUGCUGUGGAUAUUAGCUUCAGUGGUUUAUCGCGGGUUUGCCGAAUCGGCCGUCGCUGCCGAUCCGAUCCCAAACCUUCUUUCAAAAAAGCUGAAUGAAUCGUUGGUGGAAGAGUAUGCCAGGCAAAACGUGACCCUCGACGAUGUGGACGAAAAUGUUGUCAUGAUUGGGGCGCAGAAGGUUGCUGGAAACUGGACCUGGCUAGAUGAAACCCCGUUCGAUUAUGAGCUCUGGGCACCGGGUGAGCCAAACAAUUGGCAAUAUCCCGGCAACGAGGACGAGGCACUGGUGCGGCAUGAGGAUUGUGUAACGAUAUACUUCUCCCGGGAAUUCGGAUCCGGCAGCGUUGAAAGAGUGGGAAAAUGGAAUGAUAAUGUCUGCAACGAGCCUUCCCUCGUGUCAAUUUGUAAAAAGCCGGCAGAGAGA